CUGUAUUUCUUUCGCGAUUCUGCUCACGGUUGCACAUACUUGGAAGUCUCCAGUAUUUUGAAUAUAUGUCUUUUUUUUUUCGCAAACAAACGGAGAUGGGGCUCGAUUAGCGUAAAGCAUUUAGAAUUCCUUCAGAUUGCAUGCACAGCCAAAGGCUAACUGUUUAUGCCGGUGGUAGCCGCUGCGUAUCACGUGACUGGUUUGCCUGGCUGCGCCGGCAGUCACCCACCUAAGAAUCGUCGAAACUGGACACUGUGUGUUUCAUGUGCUGCUUUAGAUUUUGGAAAAAGAGAGAUAUCAUGGCACGGUCUAUAUAGUUCAGAGAAGAGUGCUGUCAUAUUUGGUAUCUUUCGUGGCCCCCGGGGGAGACCGAAUCAAUGUACUAUUUGCCCCAAAGAAAAUAUUCUACAAAAUGUGAAGGCGUACGAAAAUAUGUAGGCCGAGCGCGGCCUCGGGGGGGGAGGGUGUGUGUGUGUGUGUGUGUGUCCCAUCCUCAGCGAUCG